AUGGCAGAACUAGUCCGUGAGACCGUCCAAGACGGCAAGACUGGCGAGACCCGUCCACUGUGCUAUACGCAAUACAAAGUGGUGGGAAGCGGCUCUUUUGGAGUCGUUUUCCAGACCAAACUAUCCCCUUCGAACGAAGAUGCCGCUAUUAAACGGGUACUUCAAGACAAACGAUUCAAAAACAGAGAGUUGGAAAUCAUGCGAAAAGUGUCGCAUCCAAACAUCGUGGAACUUAAAGCGUUCUUCUACUCGACCUCGGAAAGAGAAGAAGUGUACCUCAAUCUGGUGUUAGAAUACGUUCCUGAAACGGUUUAUAGAGCCUCGAGAUACUUUUCACGCCUCAAGAUGUCGAUGCCUACUAUUGAAGUCAAGCUCUUGACAUAUCAAUUAUUCCGCUCUCUAGCAUACAUCCAUGCUUUGGGUAUCUGUCACAGAGAUAUCAAGCCACAAAACUUAUUACUGGACCCCAAAACCGGCAUUCUCAAACUUUGCGACUUUGGUAGUGCCAAGAUUCUAGUCGAAGGUGAACCAAAUGUGUCAUACAUUUGUUCUCGUUACUAUAGAGCCCCCGAAUUGAUAUUCGGUGCUACAAACUAUACCACUAAGAUCGAUAUUUGGUCGUCAAGUUGUGUUAUGGCCGAGUUGAUGCUUGGUCAACCUCUUUUCCCUGGUGAAUCUGGUAUUGACCAGCUGGUGGAAAUUAUCAAGGUACUUGGUACUCCAUCCCGAGAACAGAUCCGUACCAUGAACCCCAACUACAUGGAACACAAAUUCCCCCAGAUUAAACCUCAUCCAUUCUCAAAAGUGUUUAGAAAAGCGUCUCCAGAUGCCAUUGAGUUGAUAUCCAAGCUACUCGAGUACUCUCCUGGUGCACGCCCUACUGCCAUCGAGGUCAUGACCCACCCUUUCUUCGACGAACUAAGAGACCCCAACACGGUUCUGCCCGAUUCUCGUAACCCUGGGGCCCCUGCUCGACCUCUUCCCCCACUGUUCAACUUCUCUGAACUCGAACUCUCCAUUGCACCCCAACUCAACCACACCCUCGUCCCCCCUCACGCCCGCGAAGCUCUCCGCGCCUCCAUCGGCACCGACCUCGACAAUUUCCAACCUCUUAGACUGGAAGAUGUCCGUAGCGAUAUUACUAAUUAA